AUUUAUCAUAUUACUACCUUCAUUUUUACACCAUGACCAUUCAAAAUCAACCCGCUAUUUUUUACGUUAAUGCUGCUCUCUUCGACUGCGAUGGUACUUUAGUUAAUUCGACCGGUGCUAUCUCUGAGUUCUGGAGGGAUUUCGGAAAAACUAGACCACAUGUCAACCCUGAUGAGAUUAUCAGAACAAGUCACGGUUGCAGAACCUUCGAUGUCAUUGCCAAGUGGUCUCCAGAAGAUGCUAAUGUUGCCCAGGUUACUGCUUGGGAAGGUGCUAUCCCAGAUUCUUUUGGUCAAUACGCUAAACCCAUUCCUGGUGCUGUUGAAUUAGUCAAGUCUUUUGACGAUUUCUCCAAACAGCAGACCGCUGAUGGAAAGCAAAGAUGGGCCAUCGUCACGUCAGGAACUUUACCUUUAGCCACUAAAUGGUUGAAGUUGAUGUCCAUUACACAACCAGACUGCUUCAUUACUGCCGAAAAAGUCACCAAGGGAAAACCUCACCCUCAAGGAUACCAAAAUGCCAGAAACACCUUGGGAUUCGAAGAUGCUGCUGCCAAGGUGGUGGUGUUUGAAGAUGCUCCAGCCGGUAUCACAGCCGGUAAGGGAGCUGGUGCCAUGAUUGUUGGUAUCUGUUCCACCUACGAUCCAGAAAAGGUGAGAAAAUCAGGUGCUGACAUUGUGGUGGAUGACUUGUCGUCGUUCAAGAUCGACAGUUACAACCCAGCCACUAACGAAUUCAAGGUGGUUGUAUCUGAAUAUCAUUAUGCCAACGAGGAAUACUUGCAAGAGGUUGCUUAAGCUGGCUACAUGCGGUUUUUUGUAAAGUAGAUUUUAUAGAAUAAACAAAGGGAUUUCACA